UGGUGACAUAAGGCUCGGGGCUCCCUGAACAAGUUAGUCUCAGUUUCUAUUUCCUAGUCAAUAACCAAUUUCACUAUCUAGUUUCUGUUUCCCUCCCCCCAUGGCUUGUUUAUAAGUGACGUGAAAGGUUCUUUUUCUGCAAUGCAUGCGAGGAUCACUCAGAGCAAGCUAAGAUUCGACAAAAAGGUGCCCCUCCUCUUCCCUGGGAAACCUCCAUUCAGAGCAGCCCAGCAGACCGCUGCUACCUGAAAAGCAGAGCAGAGCAGUCUUCAGGAUUGCAGGACUUGGGACCACAGGGCAGCAAACAUGAGUGAAGCAUCUAAGAACUCCUUAAAAUAUCUCUUGCUGAAGUUGGAAUGCCACUUUACUUGGAAGCUACAGAAGGAAGACAUUGAGGUACCUUAUACAGAAGAAAGAAUUGAUGACCAGCUGGAAUAUCUGACCAUUAAAUCCAAAGUCUCCCUUUUAAACCUCCUGGCCUAUGUGAAAUAUCUGAAAGGCCAAAAUAAAGAGGCUUUAGAAAGCCUCAAAAAUGCAGAAGAAAGCAUUGAACAGGACUACCCUGACCAAGUGGAAAAGCGAAGCAUCAUAACCUGGGGAAACUACGCCUGGAUCUAUUAUCACAUGGACAGACUUUCUGAAGCCCAGACUUACUUGGACAAAGUGGAAGCAAGUUGUAAGAAGCUGUCAAGCGCCUUCCAGUACAAGGUGGACCUUCCAGAAAUUGAUUGUGAAAAAGGCUGGUCUCUGCUCAAAUUUGGAGGGAGGUAUUACGAGAGAGCCAAAGCCUCUUUUGAAAGGGCCCUGCAGGCAGACCCUGAGCACCCCGAAUUUAACACUGGAUUUGCCAUCGUCAUGUACCGGAUGGAUGACUUUCAUAAAGAUAUGCCUGGGAGUAAAAGCCUUUCUCUGAGCCCUUUGAAGAAGGCGCUCAGCCUGGAUCCAGAAAGUACCUUUCUGAAGGUUCUCUUGGCACUAAAGCUUCAGGAUAUGGAGGAAAGUUCUCAAGGAGAAAAAUACAUUAAGGAAGCCCUUGACCAAGUGUCAUCCGAGCCCUAUGUCCUUCGCUACGCAGCAAAAUUUUACCGCCGAGAAAACAACCCAGAGAAAGCUAUUGAGCUCUUAAAAAAGGCCUUAAAGCUGGUACCAACCUCUGCUUUCCUACAUCACCAAAUGGGCCUUUGUUAUAGGGCUCAAAUGAUCCAAAUCAAGAAGGCCACAAGGAAUAAGCCGAAGGGAAAGAACAAAGAGGAAGCGGACAGGCUAGUCCGAUCGGCUAUAUUUUAUUUUGAAGCAGCCAUUAAGCAGAAACCUUUGUUUGUGUUUGCUUACCUAGAUUUAGCCAACAUGUACGCUGAAGCAAAUCAGUUUAAUGAGGCAGAGGAGAUAUUUCAAAAAGUCCUGGGCCUCAAGCAUGUAAGAGAAGAGGAGAAGCAACAAGCCCAUUUCCAUUAUGGCCGCUUCCUGGAAUUUCACAGGAAGGCUGGAGAUGUGGCCAUUCACCAUUAUUUAGAAGGGAUAAAGAUAAAUACUGAGAAUUGCACCAAACUCCUAGGGGCUUUACAGAAAUUAAUUGCCAAACGGAUGAGUCAGAAUUCUUCGGAUACAAAGAGUUUGGGAGCUCUUGGCUUCAUCCACAAGCUGAAGGGAGAAAAGGAAAAAGCUUUAGAAUAUUAUGAAAAGGCCCUGAAGCAGGAUCCUGGUAAUGCUGAAUAUAUCAGUGCCCUGUUAGAGCUGCGCCUCUCCAUUUAAAAUCCCACAUUUUAGAGUUUGUUUUUUUUUAAUUAUUAAAAAAAUAAAAAUAAAAAGUUUUAAAUAUUUUUUAAACAUACCCUGAACUGUGGACAGCUAAAUGGUCCAAUAGACAGAGCAUUGGGCUAGAGUCAGGAAGACCUUAAUUGAAAUCCAGCCCCAGACACUUAUGAGCUCUCUGACACUGGGUAAAUCACUUAACCCUAUUGGCCUCAGUUUCCUUGCCUAUAAAAUGAUCUGCAAAAAGAAAUGACAAACCAUUCCAGGAUCUUUGCCAAGAAAAUCCCAAAUGGGAUCAUCAAGAGUGGGACAUGACUGAAACAAAUGAACAAAAACCAUUUUAAACCUUUUAUUGUUUUUUUUUACUUAUUACUUUACAUGUAUAGCAUACUAUAAGGCACAGAUGUUGGUCAAAAAUUGGACAUGUAGUUUUAGCAUCUUGCUGAGAGACAGGUAUCUGAGUCUCUUACUGAGAAAACACAGACAACUCCUCUGAUUGAUCCCGUGACUGGACUUGCCUCCUGAUGAUUGAUUGACUUGGGACCAAGAGACUAGAGGAACUAUGGUUCAUAAGCAUGGCUUGUGGGACUCCAGUCACCACUUGGAAUCUUUCCCAGGUCUUCCUCUCUUUUAAGGUUUUCAGAUUCCAGUGCAUCAAGGUGAGGAGGUGAGGAAGGGCAGAAUAUUCUCUUCUACCAUCUGGUUGGUUGUCAGAGGCAUAAGUAGCAAUGUACAUAAUAAGUCUUUAAUCUAAGAUUGAACCAUCAAUCAGACUAUGAACCAGUGUCAAAAUGAUUUCAAAACAAACUCCUGAAAAUAUGAAAGAAAAACUGCCUCUGAGAAUUUUCACAGUAUACACUAAACCCCCAAAUAACAAUAAACUGGCCCCCAAAUCUACCAUAAGUGGAAAGUUGCUAGUGUUCAGUAGAAAUGAAAAUUUUAUAUUUCUUUUUACAUAGCAUUCAUUAUAAAAUAAUACUGUAUCUUAUAGCCAAGGAAAGAUAAGAAUGAAUAAAAACAAGUUAUUUCUGGAUUUUCUAGCUAGAAAAAAAGGUUUAGCCAGAUUCCAGAUCAAAACUAUUUUUUAUCAAUUUGAAAUAUUAAGAGAAAACAGAAGUUUCAGAAGUUGUUGGGCCAUGAACAGCAAAUAAUACUGUAUUUGAGCUAAUCUGGACCCCUAAAUGAGAAUUAUGAGGUUCAGCCUCAAAUGGAAUAGUAAUCCUACUGUCCUACUUUUUUGGUCUUCAGUCAAAUGUAUAUUUUGAGUCUUGCUGAGAAGUUUUUGAAGUGUUUUUCUUUUGACUAAAGACUUGAAAGGGGUAGCUUGGACCACCUGGGAAUCUUCUGGGCUCUUUCAACUUCAUAGCUUCCAAAAUGCCAUCAAGGAGCCAGUUGCUCAAGGGCUCUAAAACACUAGGGACUGCUUAAUUCCUGUAAUUCUUUCCCUGACUUUUUUUUUGCAAUAAAACAGAUUUAUCUUCAUAAUCAUGGUUGAAUACUAGAAUAUUUAGAAAGUAGAAUAACUGCACUUUCUCAAGUGAAACUCUCAAAGAAUGAGAACAAGGGAAGCCAUAACUAGGAAUAUUUUCAUCUGAAGCCCAGGGGUGAGAGGAAGUUAUGGUAGAUGGCAGAUAUCACCAGCAGUGAGAACAAUAGGUACAGACAUCAUUCUUGGAUUUGGGGGAGUCCCUGCCUAAGCAUUUCAGGGAUUGGAGUAGAAGGGGUGCCCUGUGUGAAGCCUUAGAUUAGGGGAGAUAUUAUCCCUUGGAUUGAGUGGGAGCUACUAUAGGACCUUGGGAUGAGGCAUUCAGACAGCUGUUACUGCCCAGAGGUGGAGUGCUCUUCUAAUGAAGAAAUGUAACCCACCCCUCUAGAUGUCAGUGCCUUGGGGCAAAGCCCCUGCUUUCUACCUCCCCCAACACCAGUUACAACUCUGUUAUCAAAUAGGACUAAUCUUUCCUUAGCUCUAAGCAAGGGUAAGGGAGGGAAUAUAAGACCACUACUGCCUUUAUUCCUUCAUAUCCAUCAUUACAAAACUCAAGGUCAUCACCCUGAAUCCCAACGAAGAAAAGAAAGAUCCGUGGGAGACAUUCAGCAACUCUACAAAAGGCUCUGGCUGACUAACAACCCAACCUAGAGACUUCAAGCUCAUUUUUCUUUCCCUUGAUGAACUAUUGAAUCAAUCCAAAGAGAGAAAGUGAAUCUGGUCAAACAAACAAAAAAGGUUAAAGAGACAAGGAGAAGGAGAGGGACAUGAAGGAGAAGACCAUCUAUGAACUAGAAGUUCCUCAACAGGAGAGUCAUGAGAUGGGGGAAAGGAGGAUAAAAGCUACUAAAGAUAGGAAGGGAGUAGUGAAUAGGCCACCAAAGCUGUAAGUCUGUCCAUGGUAUAUGAACUGAUGUUCAAAUUGGAUCUUUGCUGUCUGAUAAAAAAAAAAAAAGUAUUUCCCCAAAGGAGAAUACUCAGCAUUUGAUCAACAAUAGAAUUUUAAUUUUUCUGAGCUUUUAUGAAUUACAGCUUAUCAGAGUUGGUUUCUAUUAAAGUCCUUAAUAGCAGUUAUGGAAUUUAGAGAAGGCUUCACAAAAGAAUUAGAUCAGCUAUGAGUAAAGAAAUAACAUUGAUUAAUCCAUCAGGAGGGUCAAGCACUACACUCAGAAGCAGGAACGGAAGCAUAGAACCCUACAAGAGAAAAAUACAGCCAUGGUGAUGACCACAACUUUGGAGGGACAGAAAGAACUGAUAGUGGUGCUUUGGAGAGGCUGUCUUGUCAUACCUGCCUCUAUCAGACUUGUCAUACCUGACUAUCAUUUUCUCUUGUCAAAGUUCUCUAGCUGAGUUCAGAAUUCCUUUCAUACCAAGGCAGCUUCCUAACAAGGCUGAAGGUCAUGGAUUUUGUAAAGAAGAACAGAGUCUGGCUCAGAUCUAUCUCCUGGAUAUUUGAUGUCACAGGCAAGAAGACACAGUAUUAGCUGAAAAAAGACUGGUUGUAUCAUAUAAAUAAUAGAAGUGUAACAGGUUAGUAAUAGAGAAGCAACCCUUCCAGUGUAUUAAAGUUAUUUGGAGUUUGGAGCCUGACUAUACUCACUUAUAAGUCUACUCACUCUCAGCUGACUUUUUGACUCAUUGUAAUAUAUUUACUUAUAUUCUCCUAAGCUCCAUAAGAAUCUGUUAGGAUCAUUUAUUUCUCUUUAAUAAACAUGUAAUCUCUUUUCAGUAAAUGAAUGAAUUAUCCAAAGUCCCUACUUUGGUUCAUUAAAUAUGAAAUAUUUGAUAAACUGGAUAAACCUUUCCCCUGAAUAAUUACUCUCCUUUCUCUGUAAUUCAAUAAAUAUUAAAAUGUUCAACUUG